CAACCUCAACACUUCCAAUUGUCUAGUACAAGCAAACCCCAAACAGAAGCAAAAUGUUCAAAUUCGUAACUUUCGUUCUUGCCGCUCUUAUCACCUGCGCUUCAGCCAAGCCGGGCAUUGUAGCUCCAUUAGCCGCUCCACUGGCUGCCGCUGCCUACGCCAAUGCACCGCUAUACGCCGCUGGAGGCAGCAGCCAAAUUGAUGUGCGCAACAACUUUGAUGGCACACUCUCCUCGUACACCACCACACCAUUCCACUAUUCCGGUCCACUUUCCAGCCGUUACGUUUCUGGUAUCCCAGCCGCAUACGCCGCUGCUCCAGUUUUGGCUAAGUACGCUGCACCCGCUCCACUUGCCGCACUUCCUGCACCCUUAGCGGCCGCUCCUGCACCAUUGGCUGCUCUGCCCGCUCCUUUGGCUGCUGCCCCAGCUCCAUAUGCCGCUCUUCCUGCCCCCUUGGCUGCUUUGCCCGCUCCUUUGGCUGCGGCCCCAGCUCCAUAUGCCGCCUAUCCCGCUCCCUAUGCUGCCGCUCCAGCACCUCUUGCCGCUGUUCCAGCUCCUUUCGCCGCUGCACCAGCGCCUUUGGCUGCUGCCCCUUACGCUGCGUGGUAGACGAUGUGUAGAUAUUUGUCGCUUGUAACGAAAAUAUGAAUAUUGUAGGCACUUUGCUUGCUAAUAGCUGAGGCUUGAACUGAUUACUAUGUUUAAAUAAAAGAUAUAGAUGUUUAAAAAUUAA